AUGAAAUACAGCUUCCACAAGUUGAUUUUGAUGGUAUGCAACACCUGGAGAGAUUUAACAGAAGGUGCAGUCAAUGAUCCAUACUUCAAACAUGAGACAAUGUUUUCUCUGGCAAAUGUCAAAGCCUCCAUUACAAAUUCAGAACCCCAUCUUACAGUACCCGAUGUUAUCUACAUGUCAGAGGAUGCAGGUACAAUACAGUACCAAUUGGAAGCUACAGAUGAUGAGGGAGAUACGAUAGAGUUCUAUCUGGAUGGUAGCUACACUAACUAUACCAUGGGAACACCAAUCCUGUCUGUUGAUGGAAUACUGCUGUUCACACCUUGUGAGGACUGUAUGGGUAUUCAGACAUUCCCAGUCAUUUUACAGGAAGUUCAAACUGAUCCAGUUAUUCCACCAAAUAAUGUAACAGUAUGGCUGACUGUCAAUGUAACAGAUGUAGCAGACCCACCAACUAUCUUCCUGACUUUGUUAGGAGACUCACAGCUACCAUCAGAUCCUACAGAACCAGUUUUGGUUUAUCUGGAACAAAAGAAUGAUUGGAAUGAGCAUAUCUGGUCACCUUCCUGGUAUGGUUUACUAGGAGCUUAUGAUGUAGAGAUAGGUGGUACACUACAGCUUAAUGUCCAGGAACCAGUUGGUGGAGUUAUGAAUAUAACAGACAAUUCUACAAGUAUACCCACCAUUGCUAAUCCAUGUCCAAACGUAACAAAAAGAACUGAUGAUUUGAUGUUCCCAUGUGAUCUUUCACUGUUGAAGCCAGUAAACGAACAUGAAUGGAACUACAUGACAUUGACAUACAUACAGAAUUAUUCCUUCUCCGGCUAUGAUGAGGCUAAAGUCUACUUCUCAGAUGUUAAUGGUGCCUUAUCACGUCUAGUCACCAUACAAUUCACUGUGAUGGAGUCACCAUGUCGCAAUGAAGGAGAAUGUGAACCAAAGAACAACAGUAUAUCCUAUCCAUGUGAACACUACCGUAGGGCUUCAGAAAGUUUUGAUAUCAAUUACAACUGUAUAUGUGCUUCAGGUUGGACUGGUAUCCAUUGUGAAGAAGAUAUCAACGAGUGUAUUAGCUCCCCUUGUCCAGACCCAUUUAUAUGUUAUGACUACCUCAAUCGUUACGAGUGCGCUUGUCCCCAAGAUAAUCCAAUUUGUUUGUUUUUGCUGCCAUGGAUGAUUGCUUUGAUCCUCAUUGGUGUGUUACUUAUUGUUGGGAUUGUACUGUUGAUAGUUUACAGAUGGAAGAGAAGAGAGAGCCACAUACCAUGGAUUGAGAAGUACAUCUUAUGUCAAAGUGAAGACACAACCAACUCAUGUGGAUUUCAAGCCUCUCUUGCAGAUUUCAUGGAUGAUUCUGAUCUAAUGUCAGCUGACAACCCUUCAUUUGAUUUUAACAAUCCAGAUAAAAUGGAAUUUCCUCCAAGAGGUGAUUUGAACAUUGAGAAACGUCAUAAGAUGUCUUCAUUUGAUCCUCUGAUAGCAAGUUCCGGCCCUAAAAUUGCACCACAUCCAUUUGAAGUUGUUGAUUCCAAUCUGUCAGCAGACCUAAAUGCCAUGUCAAAUAAUGGAACUAAACCAGAGUCCUCAGGAUCUGGCACUUCCACACCACAAGAAAAGGCCAAGAAAGUUGUCCAAUGGGCUCCAUCUGUAUCCAGUGGAUCACCAGUGCCAUCAGGUCAAAAUACACCUCCCUCUAAUAGAUCUGAGGAUGGUCGGUCAUCCGGAAGUAAAUCUCCAUAUCGUGUCAGUGACAGUCAGACGUCCACGGCAGACCCUGGAAAAAUAUCAUUGUAUGAUGGAACAAUGACACCAAUACUGUGAGGACUUUGAUCACAACCGAUUCACAUAAAUGGACAAUGGAAAUUGAACAUGGACACAUAUUAUUUAUUUAUUAUUAUUCAAAUUAAUUUUAUUUUAAUAUGCAUGUACAACAGCAAAAUUUUCAUAUGCAUGAACUACAGCAAAAUAUAAUUUUACAAAGAUAUAUUUUUAUAUAAUUUUAAUUUAUUUUUCAUGUGUGGAUCAGAAUUAGAUCAAUGGACUAUGUGAUACAUUUUAUAAGUAUUUUAUAAACUACUGUGAUCAAUUUUAUACUUUUUAGUAUAAAUUAAACUUUACUAUUUU